AUGUUAGUUUUCUUACCGACUGGAUUGGUGAGCUCCACGGAUCCCAAGGUAGUGUGGGUACCGAUCAGUAGUAAAAAAAAUAUCCUACACUGCCCGCCUAAUUUUUUCCCGAGCCAAGGUCGGGGAGCAGGCGGUCUUGUCAAUACGAACGCAAUGAUCAUCGUGUGCGCUGCAUGUGAGAAACCCAUCUUGGACAAGUUCUUGUUGAACGUGUUGGAUCGAACAUGGCACGCAGAAUGCGUCCGCUGCUUCGAUUGCCACUCCAACUUGACUGACAAGUGCUUUUCCAGGGAGGGGAAACUCUUCUGCAGAAACGACUUCUUCAGGACGUCUUUUGCAUCUAAGUUGCUUGUCAAACCAUAUAACGAUAUUCCCAUUCUUUUAUGA